UAUCGGUUCACAGUUUCCGUUUAAAUAACAACAGCUUACUGCGGUAGGCCUAGGCGUAAGCAGUUAGCUGCAUGUGAAAUAUGUCUGGAUCUGGAGAAGAUGCACCCUCACAGGUGAUUCCUGCAGAUUCCAAAGAAGAGAUAGAAUUAAUCAAACAAUGCAUGACAGAAGGAAUGCUAUUGAGGGGAGCACCUGUUGCGUUAGGAAUGUUUGCACUUCUUGAAAUACGGAAGCAAAGAGGGUUUAAUCGAAGACACUUCCUGGUAAAUGGAUUUAUUUCAGGAUUUGUUGGGUUAACAAUAGCCAGAUUUAGCAAGAUCGAAGAGUGCAAAAAACGAGUUUUGGAGCGAUUUCCUAAUGGCGGGGUUGCCAGAAUGGAGUCAUCAAUGAACAGUCGUGUUCGUCAAAAUCAAGUAGAAAGUAAUAAAGAUUCCUUAGAUUCUAGCCAGGACUCCUAUGAACAGAGGGACGACAGAUGGUCAGGUUCUAGCAACUACAAUACUUCAGACAGUGAACAAUAUCCUGAAAACGCGUCAAGCAAUAAACCCGACAAAGGAAUGACAUGGAGAGAGGCACGAGAGAAGUACAGAGCAGGGACGCUUCCAGGAAAAUCACAGCAAAAUGAAGAAUCAGGUUUUUUUACCGACACCGACAGUGCACCAAGGUCCAAAUCAGGUCAAAACAAGUAUGGAGACAGCUGGGACACCAGUAAUUGACCCAGGGGUCCUCCAUAGAGAAAUGGAGACAGAUGGGACACUAUAGUAUUAAAUUGACCCAGGGGUCCUCCAUAGAGAAAUGGAGACAGAUGGGACACUAGUAUUAAAUUGACCCAGGGGUUCUCCAUAGAGAAAGUGGAUGGUCUUUCCAAUUUAUUGUUACCCUUUAUGUGCUUGAUUAAAUGUAAAUUAUGAUAAAUAAACUCUACUUUGACUAAAUUGUUGAUUCAAUGUC